AUGGAUGUUGAAGUGAAAUUGGAGGUACAUUAUGGGGGUGCUUUUGUGUGGAACCCUAGUUUAGAGUACUUUGGUGGGAAAGUUGAAAUAGUGUAUAGGAAUGCUGAUUUGCUUGGUUAUUUUGAAAUAAAAGCUAUAUGUGAGGAAUUGGGGAUUGAUGAAUCGUGUAGGGUUCAUUAUUUAGGUCUUGGGGGCAACUUGGAGCAAGACUUAAGGCUCAUAAAAGAUGAUCAAGAUGUGGAACCCUUGUGGAAGCUUAAUGAGGGAAGGCCAAGAGACACCAUCAUACUGUAUGUGGAGAGUGGUAAUGCUCCACUUGUAGUUGAAGUUCCUGAUGGUGCAGGGGUUGGUGUAGGAGCUGGUGCAGGGGCUGCUAUAGGGGGUGCAGGGGCUGGUGUAGGGGGUGGUGCAGGAGCUGCUACAGGGGGUGAUGGUGUGGAGGAGGAGUUUGAUUGGUUGAAUGAAGGCCUGGAAGGAGAAGACUUUGCUGAUGACAUUUUUGGUGAGUCUUCUCCACCUCACACAGUGCCACAUGAGCCUAACACUGUUCCAACCACUGAUACAUCUCAUCCAAACACUGAUACACCUCAGCCAAACACAGAUGCACCUGGCCCAAGCAAUGUUCCUCCUCCAAACAUAGAUUUAGAUGAAGAGUGGGCUGAACCAGCUUUAGAGGAUGAUAUUGCAAGUGUGGAUAGUUCUGAUGAUGAGCAGGGGCCUGGCAAUUUGGAGUUCAAUGAGAGGACUGAUAUGGAAAAUGUUAGGUUGGCAAAAGGGAUGAAGUUCCCAAACUCUCAGGUGUUUAGGAAGGCUUUGAGGGAGUAUGUGAUUCAGAAUCACAUUGAUGUCAAGUGGAAGUUGAAUGAGAAGAAGAAGAUUUCUGUACAUUGUAAGAAUAAUUGUGGAUGGAGGUAUUAUGCCUCAAUGGUGACUGGAGAGUGCACAUUUGAGAUCAAGACACUUUAUCCUGAAUGUACUUGCCCCCUAUCAUUUAAAAAUGGGCAAGUUACAUCAGCCUAUGUGACAAAGAGGUAUUUGGAGGAUUUUGGUAAGAAUCCUAAUUGGGAGGUCUCAGGUGUUAAGCACCAUGUGAUGCAGAAGAUUUCAGUUGAUUUCAGUCUUAGUCAGGUGUAUAGAUCAAGGAAGGCAGCUAGGGGGUUGAUUACUGGGAAUGAAGAGGCUCAGUAUGGCCUACUUAGAGAUUAUGCAGAAAUGAUAUUAAGGACAGAUGUAGGAAGUAAGGUGAUUCUGCAAACAGAGAUGGAAAAUGAAAAUGCAGAGCCCAAGUUUAAAAGGAUGUACAUUAGGUACAAUGCUCAGAAGGUUGGCUUUCUAGGUGGUUGUAGACCCUUGUUGGGCUGGAUGGAUGCCACUUGA